GAUGGCUGGGUGUGCUAAAGACGCUGAGCUGCAGUCAUCACUGACUCACUCCAUCAUCAUCGGCUUUAACUGGAGUAAAUAUUUACUGCGAUUAAAAUACAUCGAUUCCAACCAGAUCAAAGUCACAUUUACUGACCGGUUUAACUCUUCUGCACCUAAAUAACAGCGUUUUUUCUCCAAGCGUCAAAAACAGGAUCAACAAACAUGUUCUACACCUGUGGUCCCAACGAAGCCAUGGUGGUGUCAGGUUUCUGUCGUUCUCCUCCGGUGAUGAUCGCUGGAGGCCGAGUGUUUGUCUUCCCGUGCAUUCAACAGAUACAGAGGAUUUCUCUGAACACUCUGACUCUGAAUGUGAAGAGCGAUAAGGUCUACACCCGCCAUGGGGUUCCCAUCUCUGUUACCGGCAUCGCUCAGAUGAAGAUCCAGGGCCAGAACAAGCAGAUGCUGGCUGCAGCCUGCCAGAUGUUCAUGGGGAAGUCUGAGGCUGAAAUCGCUCACAUCGCCCUGGAGACGCUGGAGGGACACCAGCGGGCCAUCAUCGCCCACCUGACUGUAGAGGAGAUCUACAAGGACAGGAAGAAGUUCUCAGAGCAGGUUUUUAAGGUGGCCUCCUCCGAUCUGGUCAACAUGGGGAUCAGCGUGGUCAGCUACACUCUCAAGGAUGUCCACGAUGAUCAGGAUUAUCUGCACUCGCUGGGAAAAGCUCGAACCGCCCAGGUCCAGAAGGACGCUCGCAUCGGAGAGGCUCUGAACAAGAGAGACGCAGUGAUCAGGGAAGCCCACGCUAUGCAGGAGAAAAUCUCGGCUCAGUACAGGAACGAGAUCGACAUGGCGAAGGCCCAACGCGACUACGAGCUGAAGAAGGCAGCCUACGACAUGGAAGUCAACACCAAGAAGGCGGAGUCAGAGAUGGCUUUUCAGCUGCAGGUUGCAAAGACGAAGCAGCGCAUUGAGGAGGAGAAGAUGCAGGUCCAGGUGGUGGAGCGCGCUCAGCAGAUCAUGCUGCAGGAGCAGGAGAUCACCCGCAGGGAGAAGGAGCUGGAGGCCAAGGUGAAGAAACCGGCCGAGGCCGAGCGGUACCGCCUGGAGAAACUGGCUGAGGCGCAGCGAAUGAAGAUGAUCAUGGAGGCAGAGGCUGAAGCUGAGUCUAUCAGGGUUAAAGGUGAGGCUGAGGCGUUUGCGGUGGAGGCCAAAGGUCGCGCUGAGGCGGAGCAGAUGGCGAAGAAGGCCGAAGCCUUCAGGGAGUACAAGGAUGGAGCCAUGGUGGACAUGCUGCUGGAGAAACUGCCUCUGAUGGCAGAAGAGAUCAGCAGGCCUCUGUGUGAAGCCAACAAAGUGACCAUGGUGUCCAGUGGAGGAGGAGAGGUGGGUGCAGCCAAGCUGUCAGGGGAGGUUCUGGAGAUCAUGACCCGCCUCCCUGAAGCCGUGGAGAAGCUGACCGGAGUCAACAUCUCUCAGGUGACUUCUCGAACAGGCUGAAGGGAAUCAGACCAAUGAGCUUCUUGAUAUAUCUGUUCUCCGUCUGUCUUGAUUCCCUCCAUCGUAUCGUCUGCUUCCUCACCUUUGACCCUCUGUGUCACUGUUUCCCUCCGUUGGCUUGUUAUUGAUGUUGUUCAUUAUCUGAGUUAAAUAUUUA